AUCUAGCACCCCUGGAGGACAAAUGGGUGCGGUCCCCAGCCCCAGUCAGCAGCCAUUGUUCUCCCCACCACCUGCCCAGCAACAGGCAACCCCACAGCCACAGCAGCAACCACAACAGCAACAGUCGCAGACACCAACACCACAGCCACAGCAGACCCCAGUAACUCCCGCACAACCACCAGCUAAAGGCACUGGCCAGCUCCCAGGUAGCAAAGAUCUCUCAAGGCAGUUCACUCCUGAGCAAUUACAACGCAUCUUCCAGUUGAAGCAACAGCAACAACAUCUGAAACAACAACAGCAGCAGCAACAGCAACAACAGCAGCAGCAACAAACUCCUACUCCUGCACAAACGAAGGGGAUGUUCCAGUCACAACAACAGAGGCAACAGCAGCAGCAGCAGCAGCAGCAGCAACCCGUAGGUCCAAAGGGCACUACUCUUCCUCAUAUGAUGUCACAAGGGAACACGUCUGUACCGUCUCCAAUGGGAGGUCCAGGAAUGAACCAACCCAAUGUCACUAUCACCAGCUCACAACCCUUAUUCCACAACAUGUCAUCGGCUACGACUGCUGCCGGUGUUAGAGCGCCCUCUGCCGCUCUAAUGGCAGUUCAACAGAUCAGCAAGGAAGCUGAGAAACAGAGGUCCCAUACGCAAAAUCAACAUAUGAACCAGUUCCCACAGCAGCAGAAUGCACCUCAGCAAUCAGGACCGGUCACCCCGGCUCCAGCCCAGAAGCAGAGAAGCGGUAUGGCCACCCCGCCAACCUUCGGACCACAGGGAGGGAACCCAGCCAUCCCACAGCCCACAGGCAUUGGACAGAACGUGAUGGGGCAGCAGCAGAAUCCGGGAGUCAAUCUACCUAUUCCUCAGCCGACCGGACCAAUGCAAGGACAGAACAUGAUGCCCCAACAACCGGGAGCUGCUAUAGGAGUAGCCACGAGAAUACCACAACCUGUUGGGCCUGGUAAGCCACAACAAGGCGCAGUAGCGGGAGGACCUCCUCAACAGCAACAACCUACACAACAAGUCAUCUGGACAGGGUCUCUAGAAUGGCAUGAUAGAUCACGGUCGGUGCCCAACGAGCAGAAGCAAACGAGAGCAGUUAACUGUCAUAUCUUAGCCCAACCCGAUGCCAACUUGAAGACAGACAACUGGCCGAAGCAACUCAUCAUGCAGGUCAUCCCUCACAAGUUCUUGCAACAACUUGGAGCCUUGGUGAAAAACAACAAGACGGUUUUAUUCUCCUUUCCUGAUAAAGACACUGAUAUACAGUCCUACAAAGCACUCAUCAGGUCAACACAGAAACCAUUUGCCGGCUGUGUUCACUUCCCGACCGAGGGGCCCUCAAGCAUACGUGUGCUUAUCUUGCUCUACUCCCAACAAAAAAUGCAGUUUGUGGGACUGAUACCAAUCGACCAGGCAUCAUUUGUGAACACGUUCAGAGCUCUUGUCACUCGGCAUAAGAAGAGCCAUGAACAGACACCGUCAUCGAUGCAGCAACAGCAGCAACAGCAACAACCGGGCAAUCAACAACAACAGCAGCAACAGCAGCAACAAUCUCAGGCACAAUCCGCUGCCGCAGCUGCAGCAUCAGCAGCGGCAGCAGCGGCGGCAGCUGCAGCAGCUGCCAGGCAGAAGGCUGCCCAACAACAAGCUCAACAGCAGGCACAGGUGUCAGGGAGCCAGUCGGUGUCUGGUGCCGCGACUUCCUCAAGCUUUAGCAAUGCAACAACAGUAGCUAGUGCUUCUCCCGCUCAGCAGCAGGCAAUGAUCAACAAACUCACUAAAGAGCUGCAAGCUGCCAAACAACGUGAAUACGCCCUCCAAUCAAGAGUUCCCGGCCCUGGUCAAGGCGUAGGACGAGGGGGCGGCGGUGGGGGAGGCGGAGGCCCUAUGGGACCAGGCGGAGCCAUGCAGCAAGGUGGACAGGGGCAACCACAGCCACGCAUGCACCUCAUGGGUCAAGUCCGAGGGGCGUCGCAGAUGGGCGUGUCCGGCAGUGGACAUCAGGUACCGGUCCAGAGCCAGCAGUUGGCUAGCAAUAGUCCCCUCCUCAGGAAUAUCGGUCCUCAAGGACAACAACAACAACCAAUGCAGUGGCAACAAUCCGGGCAACCCCAACAACAGCAACAACAGAUGAUGAUGCAGCAACAGCAACAAGGCGGGGGAAUGGUUCGGCCACAAGGGGGCAUGGGGCAAGGGGGCGGAGGGGGCAUGAUGUCAGAAGAUAUGAGCUUAGUCGAUCUUUUAAGCACUAGAGAUGGGAGUAACUCGUCGCAUAUGUAAUUAGAUAGAACGAGAGAGAGAGACAGAGAGAGAGAUGGAAAGGGAAGACAGAAAAUGUACAGGGGUGUGUUCAUGGAAAGUUUCUGCCUGUGAUUUUUGCUGAUGUUCUAAACCACUUCAAAUCCUUGUAUAGAACAAAUUAGUCUAUGAUACCUGAAAUAAAAAAAGAAACCAUGAAACCUUCACCUUCUAUAAAUAGCUUAUGGAUAGAAUAGCACUACUGACAAUAUUUUAUGUAGUACAUGACUUUAUUAUUAUUAUUAUUAUUAUUAUACUUUUAAAAAACAUGAAAACAAAAAAAACUACAACUGAUUGUACAAUUUGGUGGAUUCACAUUACGUUGCACCAUUUGUCGGUUGCAGCGGACAGGCCAAUUGCUAACUUUGGGGUCAGCAUCACGCACAGGCAGCGUGCAGUGUUAUAGUGUACUGUAAUGUGACUGUGAUGCUUCAAAAAUGAAAACCAUAUGGCAAAAGAGGAGGAAGAAUUUACCGAGAACGUUUAAAUUUUGUAAAGAAAUAUUAGCAAAUUUAUCUCCCACCUCCUGGACUCUGGUAACAGCAUAAUUUUAACAGCGUAAUCGCAUGCAUGCACUUUAGCGUGCACAACAGAUUUUCACUUUGGCAUUCAAUAGGUGGCGCUCUGUAUUUUGAAUCCACCGAAUUAAGCCUCACUGUGAACCGAUUGUCAAACCAUUGACAAAAAUUUACGACUAGUGAUUUCAAGCAUAUCUGAAUACACCCCAUAUGAGAGGAGGAUCGUGAUGAAUGUGGCCGAAUCCCUAAAUAAGAGGGACAUUGAUCCUACAUGUACUCAAGAGCAAUAAUUUUCUUCCGCAAGAAUUGACUUACAGGUGAGGUUAAUGGAACAGAUAAUUGUAUUCUUAUGUUGUAGUGCUCUGGCACAUAUAUUUAAAUUUGUUUUGAUAGAGACCCAUCAUUUAAAAGAUUGCCAUCGUUAUAUAUUAAACUCACUGAACAAUACUCACUUUCUGCCAGAAUCAUACAAAUUUUCAAAUUAACGUUCUUGUUAGUUGACAUCUUUAUGUUAUUUGUUGGUACUCAGGUCGUUUUUACUGGAAUUUUUGCCCUGUGUUAAAAGUCAAUGGCAGAAAUCAGACUAGCCUUUGCUCGUUUUCAGUUUUUACCAGAGUUUUCUCAGGUAAAAAGUUUUAUGCAACAGGCCCCUUGAAAUUAAUCUUGUAGGAGACAACUUGCUUUCAAUGAUAUCCAUCAGAACUAUGAGAAAAACACUUAGUAAGCAGAAAAAAUUAGAUCACCUUGACAAAAAGUUGAACUCUAAAGUUUGUGACAAUUUUCAUGUUUAUUUUACAGAUUUUAUCAGUAUAUUGUGUAAUGUAUGUUUUGUUGACUUUGAGAAUAAGUCUGAUAGUGG